CUCAAAAAGAAAAGAAAAAACUAAUCUCCCCACCUCCCCGCUCCCCACAUAAUUCCUCAUCGAUUACACCAAAAAAGAAAUAAAGCAUAUAUGUUAUACCACACUUUAUAGUAUAUAGAUUCCCAACCUCUCCUUAUUCCCUAUAGCUCUCUCAACAUUUAAAAAAAAAAAAAAAAAACUUUUGCUAAAAUCCAACUCAAAAAUCCCCAUUCUCUCUCUCUCUCUCUCUCUCUCCCUGUAGUCUACAAAAAUUGAAUUUUCUAUUAUUCCAAUCACACAGUUAAAAAAAACACAAACACCCCAUAUAUCUAUCAUAUCUCUCUUUCUUUGUUACCUUCUCCUCUCUAUUAUUUCAAGCCCCCCACAAACCAAAUAAUCGAGUGGAGUCAAAAAAACUCAAAAAAUAUAGUUUCUAUUGAUGUGGGUCGAAUGGUAUUGUGUGUCUUAAAUGGAUACCUUAUUCAGAUUAGUGAGUCUCCAAUCUGAUCAACAAUCCUUUAACUCUAGCCGAACUUCGAGUAGCUCAGCAAGAUCCUCUGCUAAUAAACAAUACCUACAAAACCAAGAAGAAGAAGAAGAAUGCUUCAACUUUUUCAUGGAUGAAGAAGACUUCUCCUCUUCUUCCUCUAGACACUACUACCCUUAUAACCAGCCUCACCACCACCACCCUUCUACUACUACGAGCACCACCCCAACCCCAACCCCAGCUCCAACUCCUACUACCACUACGGCUACCAACGCUAGCACCUCCACCGCUGACUUCUCCUUCUCACCCGUCGGUGAUCUUAUCACUAACCUAGACCUCUUCUCCUCCGGUAACAAGUGGGCCCCGGAGAUUCUCCUCGAGACGGCUCGAGCCGUAGCUGACAAGAACAGCUCUAGGGUUCAACAGCUCUUGUGGAUGCUCAAUGAGCUCAGCUCACCUUAUGGCGAUGCUGACCAGAAGCUGGCGGCUUACUUCCUCCAAGCCCUUUUCAGCCGAGUCAAUGACUCUGGCGACCGUUGCUACCGGACCUUAGUUUCCGCCUCGGACAAGACGUGUUCCUUCGAGUCAACGAGGAAGAUGGUUUUGAAAUUCCAGGAAGUCAGCCCUUGGACCACGUUCGGACACGUGGCGUGUAAUGGUGCCAUUAUGGAAGCCUUCGAAGGCGAAGCUAAGCUUCACAUAAUCGAUAUAAGCAACACCUAUUGCACCCAGUGGCCUACUCUUCUUGAAGCCUUGGCCACCCGUACGGACGAGACUCCACAUCUUCGUUUGACCACCGUCGUCUCCACCAGGGAUAGCAGCGACGGUUCGGGCCCUGGCGGGUCCGUGCAGAAGGUGAUGAAAGAGAUAGGGAUGAGAAUGGAGAAGUUCGCCAGGCUCAUGGGAGUGCCCUUUAAGUUUAACGUCGUUCACCAUUUUGGUGACCUUUCGGAGCUGAAUUUGGCUGAGCUUGACGUGCGAGACGACGAAGCCUUGGCGGUCAACUGCGUCAACACUUUGCAUUCCGUCGGCGCUGUCGAAAACCGUCGGGACUACCUGGUGGCGGCGUUUCGGAGCCUGAGGCCAAGGGUGAUUACGGUGGUGGAGGAAGAGGCUGAACUCGACGUGGGGCACGAUGGGAUCGAGUUUGUUAGAGGAUUUCAGGAGUGUGUGCGAUGGUUUAGGGUUUACUUUGAAGCUCUGGAUGAGAGCUUUCCAAGAACGAGUAAUGAGAGGCUGAUGCUCGAACGCGCCGCCGGACGCGCCAUCGUUGACUUGAUCGCCUGUUCUCCAUCCGACUCUGUCGAGCGGCGGGAGACAGCGGUGAGGUGGUCCCGGCGGCUGCAUGGAGCCGGGUUUAGCCCGGCCACGUUUAGCGACGAGGUUUCCGAUGACGUUCGCGCCUUGUUAAGGAGGUAUAAGGAGGGUUGGGCAAUGACACAGUGCUCCGACGCCGGUGCCGGAAUAUUCCUAACAUGGAAGGAUCAGCCGGUGGUUUGGACAAGUGCUUGGAAGCCAUGACGAUGGUGAUUUAAUUGGCUUAAUUAUAAGUUAAUUUAGUCUCACAUGCUUGGGAGUGAUUCACACGUGUAGUAUGUUUUAUUUUAAGCACGUGCAUGGGAGAACAUUAGGGAGUUUGUGAUAUGAUUAUGUUUGAAAGGAGUAGUAAAAAAAGAAAAAGAAAAAUGUGGAUCGAGUUUAUAAGGGAAUAUUGUUAUUUUGGAUAGAAAUGGAGGAAAAUUAAUUAAUCUUCAUGAUAGUCCUUAUAAUUAUAUAUUACUUUGUGAGAUUUGUGAUUUUAUUAUUUUUCCUCUAAAUUAUUUAAUGACAAUUUAGGUAAUGGGUUUUGAUCA